AUGGGCAUGUUCGCUGUCACCAGUAUCGAAAUUUCUGUCCUCUUCGAAAGGGGAAGUAUGGGACAUUGACACCUGGUUGUAGGAGAGGACGAAUAUGAACAUAUAGCGGAGUCUGAUAACUAGUAAAAUAAAAGAAUUCAUGAAGCGGUAAUUUAUUGACUCUUACCAUUGAAGAGGAACCCGAAUGCUCAGCAGAGGAAGCGUGCCAUGAAACGAAGAACAGAAGAAGGGAAACACUGAAAAACCUGUGUAUUAAAACCAGGGCCUGAAAUUCAAGGAGCGCACAUGUCACUGGGGGCAAUGAGGAGCGCGAGAAUCGUAUACGAUGGGCGAUCCAUCGUAUAACCGGGUAAUCAUGCGCAAGUGACUUGUCUGACAAUAUAAUUGUCUAAGUUGUGGCAUUAAAAUUCCCAUGCUCCAGAUUAACGACGCUAGAGGAUCAGAUCCGUAGAAUUCUUUGAAAGGAGAAAAUUGCGUGCUCGCGACGGAAAGAGUUUCGACGUACCCUUCCUUUGGAAACGUUUGGCAGCGAAAAGAUAAUGGUGGAAACAGGAGCAGCAACCAGCGUGAGAAGCAGCGAUCCCGCGAACAAUCCCGGCAAGUUUCCCAAGCCCAGGGAUAUCGCCCCCUCGUCGCGUAGGGGGAGGAUGACAAAGUACGCACUCAGAAGCUACAAGUCAUCCGCUCACCCUUCAGUGACCUCCGAAUAUUCAAAUCAUGAAAUAAACACCAUGAAGAAGAGGAAAAAUCGGAAAGAAUACACUUACGAAGAAGAAGCAUAACGAGGAAUGGAGCAGAGCGGGGAUCUCGCGAGGGUGGACGGUCACAAUGGAGGAGACGAUCGCUUCCACCCGCGAUUGCAGAGUCAUUCUCGCCGUUUGAGAGCUCCGACCACAGGAUUAACGUCGAGGAGGCAGAGAAAGAAGCUAUGA